AAUAACAAGGAUGAUUUGGAACAACAUCCAUGCUUUAAGGAAUACAAUCAUUAUAUCAUCGAUGACGAAGAAACUCUGGGAAGAAGUAUUUACGGCUCUUGGCGAUAAAUUGUAUUACUUUGACUAAAAUUGAACAUAUUCCAUUGAUUCCAUUAAAAAGAAGUGGAAGUCUCCAUCAGAUUCUUUUCGAAUUUAUCCGAAGAAGGAGCAAGCGGCGAGUGGAUCUGCUGCAACAAGUGGAAGAAGACCGUGGAUACAUUUGCAACGUAUGCAUUUUUUGCGUGAUCUUCAGCUACAGAGCAAAACUAUCAGCAAUAUUGACUCAGACUGUAAUGAUUUAAUGGACAUGGCCAGCUCAAUUUGUGACAACAGCAAUAGCAGCAGCAGCAGCAUUGAUCAUGUAUCACGAAAACGUCGCUUCAGUGAAGACAGUGCAUUAGACCGGAUUGCCGAUUCCCUGUCAAUAUCUUUUAAUAUGGACCAAAUAAAACAAAUGUUACCUCCUGCACAAGCUGCAUUUGAUAAACCAACCAUAAUUGGAAAUAUGAUAGCUGCCCAACUCCAUUACGUAAAUCUAAAACAGUAUCCUGAUUGGCUCAUCGGCUUAAGUUCACGUCUUAUGCGUGGUCUACAAUGGGCAGUAAUAGUAGCGGAUGAAGCAGUAAGACGUCGCAGUAAGCUGGUUUUUCGGUAUUAUAGGGUGUAG